AUGAAUUGUGCUUUUUUUCGGUUUAUUCGCAAUCCGCCUCUGGACACCGUCUCUGGACACUGUUCUCGCGUUUUGAUGUACACUCGUGAAGAACCCUCUCACGAUUUGCGAUAUUUUGCUUUGUUUAAGCCGACUUCUGACCAAGUCUCCGCAAAAUUUAAUGCCACAUACGCUAUCUCAAUCCUCAACAGAGAGACUUUACUGACCUACAAAGUGGGCAUUGCAAAAACAGAGGACGAAGCACAACGGAUCUUCAUCUGGAAUCCCGUUAGUGAUGAUUACAUUUUCUGGCAAGAUGGUCAUCUCUACUACUCAGAUUCUGCCGAUUCGGAUACAUCAGUUCGAAUCAGCAACGGAGGACCGAACUGGGAACAUGGGAUUUUCGACUGGGUCUAUGAGGAGGAAAUUUUUGGGCGCGGCUCGCAAGCAGUUUGGUGGUCUGAGAGAGGAGAGAAAUUGGCUUUCCUCAGUCGGGAGAAAACGAAGGAGAAGUCGGUGAUGAUGAUUAGCUAUUCGCACGAAGAACCCUAUCCGAAUGUGGUGGAACUACAGUAUCCUAAAACUCACGAGAAGCGUCUCCCAACCUACGCUAUUAACGUAUGGGACAAGAAGACCCGCGAACUGAAGCACAUGGAUGUGCAACUAAGGGACAGCACAGCAUUCCACUAUCUUUAUGGAGUGAAAUGGGUAGUGAUGCGAGACGAAGAACUACUUGUGGCUACUUGGGCAAAUAGACUCCAAACACAUAUCUCCGUAACCAUUUGUAGUUACACAUCGGGAAUUUGUAAACUGAUAUUCGAGUACAAAUAUCCUAGCAAAACAUGGGCGGAACCGACUGACUUCUCGUCUAUUUUAAGCAGUGACGAUGCUAUUUAUAUGCUUUUGCCACGAACCAGAGCGGAUGGAAACAGCUACCAGCACAUCGCUAAGGUGACCAUUCAGGGGGAUGCUGCGAAAGGAGCGAAGGGCGUGAAAUGGGCUAAGUCAUCAUUCCUUUCAUUGGGCGACUUUGAUGUCGUGGAGUUGGAAGCUUACGAUAGAGAUAAUGACAUAAUAUAUUUCGUCGCCUCAGCGCCUUCACCGACUAACCGUCAUCUGUACUCUACGAAGGGGUCACCGACAACAACGGAUGCGUGGGAAUGUGUAUCCUGCAAGUUUUCCAACUGUACUUACCAAGUCAACCAUUUGACAUCAGACUUUAAACGAAUCCUCACAUUCUGCAAGGGGCCUGCUCAUCCGCACUACUACCUUGGCGACAUUAUCGAAGGAAAAACUGAGAACUUGAUCGAAAUCCUAAGAGACGAAGAGUACGAGAGAAGACUGGCUACCACAUUACUACCACUGGUUAUAAGUGAGACAGCUCCGCUGGCGCAAGGAUACGAAGCCCGUGUGAAAAUCCUACUUCCACCUGAUCAACCAAGUCGAUCUAGUUCUAGGUCGUUACCAGUACUGCUAAAGGUUUACGCUGGACCUGGUCCUCAAAUGGCUAGCGAUGAAUUUACGCUAGGAUUCGAAGAGUUCCUAGUCACCUCGCGAAAUUUUGCUGUUGUAACGAUAGAUGGUCGCGGAUCAAAUGGACGUGGAUGGAAAUAUCGAGGCGCCAUCUACGGCGCACUAGGCACCGUGGAGAUCGAGGAUCAAAUUGAAGGCGUUCGGCAGGUGAUGAAAAAGUAUCCAUUCCUUGAUGCUCACCGUCUUUCGGUAUUUGGUUGGUCUUAUGGAGGAUUUGCAGCUGCGUUGAUGUCCGAAAAAGCGCCUGAAUUGUUCUUCAAGUGUGUCAUUUCCGUCGCUCCGGUGGCUAACUUCUUAUAUUACGACACAACGUACUCCGAAAGGUACAUGGGAAGUGCUGACAAGUCCGCCUACGACGCUAGCGAUAUUACUAAAAAUGUCUCUAAUUUUAAGAAGACUCGCUUGUUACUCGUUCAUGGAUUGUACGAUGACAACGUCCACUUCCAACACAGUGCACUAUUGAUGGAAGCUUUGCAACGAAAAGAUAUCGACUUUGAUGUUAUGGUCUAUCCAAAUCAAGACCAUGCAAUAGGACGGCGGAACCACUUGUACCACAAAAUGACGUCAUUUCUUGACCAAUGCGCCAAACGCUGA